AAUUUACAUAUUUUGACAUAUAAGUGACUCAAGUCAUGAAAACAUCAAAUAACAUUAAAAUGUUCAUCUGGUUAUACUUUAAAAUCGAACGCCUCUUUUUGAAAACUGACAUGUUGAACCUUGUUAGGCAGUUUUUGGCUUCUGCGUAAUUUUACAUGUAAAGAUUUGCCUGGGAACUAGAUCAACCAGUUCUAAUUGGAAGAAGAUGUUUAGAUUGUUUGCUCUGAGCCUCGGCGGUUUAAGAAUCUGUUCCCAUGUCAAAUCUAACUUAUAUAAGUUACCCACAAUGCAUGUCCUCAGAGUUUUGAACAAAUUCCAAAAUAUAAUUCGUUGCUGUUUUGCCUGCAGUCAUAGCAUAGGAAGACAUAUGAUGAACAACACAAUCUCAUCAUAGCAAAGUUUGUAUUUGAAUGCUUUGAUACUACAGCAGUAAAGCCACACUUUUGCUUUUGUUAAACUUGAAACGUUACAUCGGAGGAGGCAAACCAUCUCUCCUCGAACUCUUAAUUGUAGACAUUCCUUACCUGUGUAUGUGCUUGUGGAACCCAAUAUCCUCUUUCCCUUGCCAAUGAGAUUUUAAUGAGCUGCCGUGUAAAAUAGAGCCGUUAUUGUCCUAACGGUGGAUUUGGCCACCAAACAGAGCGUUCUUUCUUUUAUGAAACAAUCCCAGUAUCCCUUAUUAUGUUUCUCCUCCAAGUUCCCUCCAAUGUCCCUGCACACCACUGGACAGUGGAGGUAUAUAGCACACAUAGUCUGCAGAACUUCAAAGGAAAUUUAUCCAAUACUUUCCUCUGGACGCUGAAAUAAGGCUCCUCUCCAUGGCUCUGCAGGUCCUGGGAAUCACACUUUCAAUGAUCGGCUUCGCAGGGACCAUCAUCAUCUGUGCCCUGCCCAUGUGGAAGGUAACCGCCUUUAUCGGCACAAACAUCGUCGUGGCACAGGUCUUCUGGGAAGGACUGUGGAUGACCUGCGUAUAUGAACGCACAGGUCAGAUGCAGUGUAAACUGUAUGAUGCGCUGCUGGAUUUGGACCCGUCCUUGCAGGCUGCACGUGGGCUGGUGGUCACCACCAUGGCUUUGGCUUCCCUGGCUUUCCUGAUCUUCCUGGUCGGAGCCGAGUGCACUAACUGCCUAGUUAACCCGCGUGCCAAAGCAAGGAUUGUAGUGGUAUCUGGGAUUACCUUCAUUCUUUCUGGACUGACUACCGUCAUUCCUGUGUCUUGGACAGCCAACUCCGUUAUAAGAGACUUUCGUAAUCCCGUAGUACACGAGGCAUUAAAGAGGGAGAUGGGGGCGGCCCUUUAUGUGGGCUGGGUAACUGCAGGGUUUCUGUUCAUUGGUGGAGCGGUUCUCUGCACAAGUUGCCCACCAGAAAGGGUCAACUAUUUACCAAGGUAUACACUAACAAAGUCCAGCACCCAUAGCAGCUAUGCCAUAAAAAACUAUGUUUGAUUUAGAGCAGGUGACACACAAAAUCAUGCAUUUUUUUAAUGUCAGGAUAUCUUUGUAAACAUUUCAAAUGCAUCUUUCCUCACAUUAUGAGACAAGGUUUGUUACAGCUUUACAGUUUAAUUUGAUGUUUCUUUUUAUGUAUAUACAUGUAAAGUUGAGCUUUUUUAAGCUUUUUUCAUUCUGUUGAGCAUAAACGGCCAAACAGUCGAUGUUGAGCAAACAGCAUUUGUCAGUCCUUCCAGAAAAACGCAAGUUUUUUUGUGAUUGUUGCAGGCAAAAAUCCUCGAUUUUGCAGCACGUUUUCUAAAAAAAUGCGAUGGAAAAUGCGGGAUAUUUAUGCAAUUUAUGUGAUGGAAUUGCGAAAACUGUGGAAACUUGCAAAAGCUGCAAUGAUGUUCACGUCACAUAAUCACGUCACUUCAUAACGUUCCCAUGGCAAUAAAGGACACGGCUGCGCUUUUGGGAAGUAAAUGCAACAUUUUUCAACUUUCUGCUAAUAUAUGUGUGACUUUUUGCUACGAAAAUGCGGAGAUUAUGAAAUCAUGCAAGCCCCGCAUAUUUUGUGCGCGGAAAUAUGUAAAUAAUGCGGCGAAAGUGCGUCGUAUUUGGAAAAAAUGCAGCCCCGCAUAAAUAUUCGGACUUUGGCUGAUUAUGCAAUAUAUCGCGCGAUCGCACAUUCACGUUUUUCCGAAGGGACUGAUUUGUGCAUCAGUGACAACACAAACACAUUUAUGUAUGAAAUCCCCCCCAGGCCAACCCCUCAUUUCACGCCCUGCAUAUAUGACUGUUAUGAAGAUUAUUUAAAGCAGAUGAACUUUGGUCUGGAUGUGAUGUUUUAUUUGUGCUGAUUUUUUAAUUAAAACCCUAAACUAGAGCAAAAUAGUCUUGAGUAUCUCAUUGGUAGGUCUGAAACCUUUGAAAGCAUUGUAUAGACCCCUUCACAGUUCACGUCACAGGUGGUUCCCACUGCGCAUGUCGGGGUCAGAAAAGUCAUUACAGCAGAUUGAGUUGCGUAUUAUUCGGUAUCGUCAAAAAUGCCUACUUGCGUAGUGGGCUGUGAAAAUCCCACCAGGUCUGCCAUUAAGUUUUUUGGGAUUCCUGCAGAAUCUCAAAAAUAAAAAAUCUGUGGCUGCAAGCAAUUAAACGUGAAGACUGGGACAAUGCAAAGAUCAAAGAGGCUUGUGUUUGUAGUGCUUACUUCAUUUCAGGUAAGUCAUCAUUACACCAACCACGUUUCAGGCGUCAAAAUCGCGUCUACCGCGCCUAGUUUGCCGCUUGAACAGUUUGAAUGCAUUCGCACAUGCAGAGCGAAGUAGACACGCGUCAGAGGCUAAAUCAGCUUCUUGUGGGAGGGGCAAGUGCUAUGCAGUUGUCUGUUUGCAAGAUGACUGAUGUUGAUUGUGCAUUUAUCGAGAGAGUUACCGGUUUGUAUUUGGUAACCUUACUAUAGGGGGGAAAUAAACGGCGCGGGUAAAAUGUGUAUUACAACUUACCAGGUUGCCCAAUGUCCUCACUGACACUCUUCCAAGCUAGGUCCUUUUUAUUCCUGUCUCCAUAGAAAUAAGAACUUGUGUCGUAUAGCUCCAGGUGACUGCUCACGGACAAUAUCAAGCGUUCCUUCAGGUUGAAUGAGUGACUCCGGGUGGGGCUGCCUCAACAGCAGCAAGCAGCUGAUUGGUUAACGCGCCGCAAAAUUCCGCCAAAGUUAACAUUUUUCAACUCGGCGUCAGCCGCCAAAUCACGUCAAACACAAAAUACACAAAAAGCACCAUUAGCGCGUACCGCGCCAGGCACUCAAUUUGCGGCAUUCGCGCGAACUAGACGCACGUCAACGCGUCUUCACAUUGACAUAACAUUGAAAUCACUCGCGGUUGGUGUAAAUGCAGCAUUAGAUUAAACUAGAAAGCCUGGAUGGUAUGAACAGUGCGCACCCGAUAGUCAUUCAAUGUUUACAAACCUUGAAGGGUUUAUUGCAUUGGGAAAAAAAUCUUACAUUUGCGAGACUUUGCUCGAUAUAUUUUCUUUUAAUAAGUUGAUUUGCUCUUUUGUUGAAAAAUCUUUGUAUGACUUCAUGAAAAUAUUAGUCAUUCUGAGAAUAAUAAUACAAUUUAAAGAAUUAAGUCCAGUGUUUUGAGAAUGAAGUCAAAGUGACGUUUCAGUGUAACAGGUUUAGUGAUGCAGGCUGUAAAGCCUGCUCAUGGAUUUGGCUUUUGAUUCAAAUACGCCUUUUGCCGAUCUCACUUUUCUGAGAAAAGUUUUCUCCAUUUUCCUAUCACAUAUUUUCAAGAAAAAUGAAGAAAAUUAAAUAAAGUGGUAAUAAAGUACCUAACAAGUGUUUUUAUUUUUAUUUAUUUAUACUUUAUUUUACCAGGAAUAGUCCCAUUGAUUUAAACAAAGAUCUAUUUUAAGGCGUGAUGCUCAAAAAGGCAGCACACAAAGUUUCACCCAAAAAUAUAAGACACAAAAUGAGAAAAUCUUGAAAA